CUCUCCUGUGUCCUUGAAGGAGGGAAGCCUCUGGAUCUCUGCUCUGGAGGAAUGAUUUGGAGCUGCUGUGUAUCCAGGGACAAGAUACAUACUGCCUCCGACCCAUCCCUGGGCGCAGUAGAAAAUGCUAGAUGUGGAGAGAUUUACUCCAGGAGUCACAGAAUAGUUGGAGGCCACAGCUCAACAUUCGGUUCUCAUCCAUGGCAGGCCGCUAUUAUAAAGUCAGGAUUCCUGACUAAGAAGCUAUCAUGUGGAGGAGCUCUACUAAACAACCGAUGGGUUGUUACUGCAGCACAUUGCGUUGCCACGACUUCAAACAACAACCUGAAGGUACGACUAGGCGAAUGGGACGUCCGGGAGCAGAAUGAGCGCUUAGUUCAUGAAGAGUACUCAGUUGAAAGGAAAGAAGUACAUCCGCAGUAUAGUCCAACAGAUUUUCGCAAUGAUCUUGCACUAGUCAAAAUAGAUAAACCAGUACUUUUCAAGCAACAUAUUCUUCCAGUAUGUCUCCCUGACCCUAAUAUAAAGUUGGUUGGUAAAACAGCAACUGUUGCCGGCUGGGGGCGAACAAGACAUGGAGUUGUGACAGUUCCAACUGUACUUCAAGAAGUUGAUGUAGAAGUUAUUCCUAACGAGAGAUGUCAGAGAUGGUUUCGAGCUGCAGGUCGAAGAGAAACUAUACACGAUGUCUUUUUAUGUGCAGGAUUCAAAGAAGGAGGGCGUGAUUCUUGUCAGGGUGAUUCUGGUGGACCAUUAACAACUACCAUAGAUGGAAGAAAAGUUCUUAUUGGAUUGGUCUCCUGGGGCAUUGGCUGUGGAAGGGAACAUCUCCCUGGAGUCUACACCAACAUACAGAAGUUUGUUCAAUGGAUAGAGAAAGUAAUGGCAUGAUUUUACGUCAUUUACCAUGAGUAAGGAUUUUGCGAAGAGUAAUGGUACUUGUAAUUUUCUUUUCAUACCAAUUCAAUUUCAUAUCAGUCUUUAGCAAUAGUCGAAGAAAACUUUAUAAUACUUACCCACUUAUUAUACAAAUAAUUUCUCACUUUUCUAGAUGAUCUCUUUAUCACCAGUCAUUAACAGAAUCCUUAAUCAUUAAUGUACAGUAAAAAAUUAUUUGUUAUUGUAUUUAUUAUUAUAGGCUGUGAAUACUGCAUAAAUAUUUUAUUUAUCGAUUUGCAAAAGAUGCUUAGUGUUAAUUAAUUCAUUGUAGUUGGAGUUACAAAAAAAGAUGAGUAGUUCUUUGGGUGUCCUUACCAAACAUAUAGGUAUAAUUAAUUUUAUUACCAACUCUGUAAAAAUUCCCUUACUCUAUUUAGUUGCCUUUCUUUUGAGGCUACUGUAACAUUGUUAUAAAUGUUAUAAGUUAGUAAAAUAAUAAUGUGAGAUGAUGUGUAUUUCAUGUCAUACAAUUAAAAAAAAAUGUAUGUUUAUUUAAGUAGUAGUACAUUUGUACAAUUUGUUGUUUAAAUUAUUUCUUUUUAAAGUAAGCUAAAAUCUUACAAAUGAUAUUUAAAUUCCACAUUUUUUAAGUUGUUGGGCUUAAAAUUGUAGACAUUUUUACUAUUUUACCUCAAUGAUACUCGAUAAUAUCAUUUGAUUUAUUAAAACUUAUUAAGUUUAACUAUUAAUUUAUAAGAUUUUUAUUAUGUACAAAUUAAAAAUUGAGGCAAGUUAAAAUAAAAUUAAUGAGCGAUGAGUUCAGGAUAUUUACUGUAUUUAUUCUAUACAUGGCAUGACCAUAGCAUUCAGCAAAUAAUUUUUUUUAAUGUUUCGAUGUGUAUAUAGAUGCAAACCAAUAUAUUAAAAUUUAGGCCAUACUUGUAAUUUUUUUAAAAUGUAUGCCAAACAUAUUGAAAUAUUAGACCAAAAAAAAAAAAAUUAGAUGUUUGAACUAAAUUAUUAUAUAAUAAAAUCACUGAUUAUGUACAUUCAAUUAAAUUACAAAAUUAACUGUCAAAAUCAUACAUUGCUACAAUAUUUUGUAGCAAUGGAUGAUAUUGACAAUUAAUUUUUUCAUCUUGCUAAACAUCUUAACAGAUGUAAACUAUAUCCAUUGGGAUUUAUGUGCAUUGCUUAUUGUUUAAGGUUAUAAUAAAAUUUUAUUUACACUAUCAUAAAAGGAAAAUGCCAAGUUAAAAUGCAAGUUUUAAUUUAAAAAUAACAAAAAAAACUAAUCAAAUAUCCCGGCAAUAAUUAAUUUAAGACUAUUUUAUUCUUCAUAAUUCCUUUUAUUAACAGAAAUUCUCGAUUACCAUCCAAUAACAAUGAUUAGUAUAAUUUUAAUAAACCAGAAUAUUUGAGAAAAUUAAUUGUAAUAAAAUAAAGCCUUAAAAAUAUCUGCCAAGAAAAAGCAAUAUGACUUUUCAGUCGAAAUGUAAUUAAUUAAUGUAAUGUAAUUAAAUAUAAAAAUAUGUAGUACUACAUGUUGUUUUUUGAAAAUCCAAUGUUAGAUUCUUAAAAUUAAUGUUUGUAUCCUAUGAAUUGCUAAUGUAUCAAGUAUCAAGUACUGAUAAUAGCUUGACGUUAGGGGCUAUGGUGACUCCAUUAACUUCUUCAUUUUUACUGUAUAACAUAAAAUUAUUUCUGAACUCUAUUUCACCUGAACAAUCUGAUGUUUACAUAUAUCAAUUUAACGGCUUUUUAUCUUGCCUCAAUAUACCUUCAAUACUUGUAUAUAGUGAUAAUCUUAAUAUGUAAUAUUUUGGAUUCAACACAUUGUAAAUACAUAACAUAUCCUACCAAAGAAAUAUUUUUAUAUUUAUUUUUUAUAUUUGUAAAGUAUUUAUAAUAAUUAGAAUCAAAUUUAAUGUACUGUUUUUCAAUUUACUUAAUAAAGGCCAAUAUAAAAAAU